UAUAAAGAAAACUCUGUGGCAAGGCACCUCAGGCUUGUUAUAAGAAUAAGAAGGUUUGAGCGAGUAGAGCAAUCUUAGUUGGGGCUUUGUUGUUUGGGGGGAGAAAGAGAGGAAAUGGCUCCUGAAUCAGUAAUGGUAUCUGAGUUGCAGGUGCAAGACGUGACUUUCCCUGUGAGCGUGAAGCCUCUUGGCUCAACCAAAUCCCUCUUUUUGGGUGGUGCAGGUGUGAGGGGAUUGGACAUACAAGGACAGUUCAUCAAGUUCACUGCCAUCGGCAUCUACUUGGCGCCGGAAGCUCUUCCCUCACUCGCCGCUAAGUGGAAGGGCAAGACCACCGAUGAACUCAUCUCCUCCCACGAUUUCUUCACUGAUCUCGUCUGGGGUGAAUUCGAGAAAUUCAUAAGGGUGACUUUUAUAAAGACAUUGACGGGUCAAGAGUUCACAAAAAAGGUGACUGAAAACUGCGUGGCUUACUGGAAAGAGGUGGAGACUUACUCCGAUGUGGAGGCCAAGGUGGUGGAGGAGUUCAAAGACGCCUUCAAGGAUGAGACCUUCCCGCCUGGUGCUUCUGUCCUCUACACUAUCUCCCCUACCGGAUCCCUCACGGUUCGUUCCUUUCUUUCUUUCUUCCUUCUUUCUUGUUGCAUGACAUCGGAUCUACAACACGCAUGUGCAUGCUCACAAAAUCGAGUUCGGUUCCUCUGCACGUACCAAUUGAUGAUUCAUUCUCGUGAAGAAAAUUUCACCUUAAAUACAUUGUUAACAUGA